AUGGCGCAACCUCAGGUCAACGGGACAGCUCGUCCGCAGAACAAACUGGUGGAACAAGUCAUUCGAACACCAGAUAGAAAUCCUUCACCACAACCUACAUUGCUAGGAGUACCAGGAGCGUCGCAAUCUAACCAGUCCCUACACAAGAUCUUAACAGAUCAUGGCUCUGGAUACGUGGCUCCUAAGUUCGAGGGUAAGAAGCAGCAGAUGGAAGAUGUCAUGGACAUCAUAGAAGAGAAGGGCUUUCUCCCGACCGAGUUCGUAGCCUCAGAAACCGAGUGGUUUUAUGGAGCCUUAGGGUUUGACGACAUGUACUUCGCAACCGAGACCGUCGAGGCAAUCGCUAGCAAUAUACUUUCUCUGUACGCAGCCAAACUCGCAGCAUAUGCCAGAGAUGAUAAGAAGCUGGAGAUCAGACUACAAAAAGAAGCCUCAGAUCAUGCAGUGUACAUUGACACGAGCAAACCGGGUAUUUCAAUACUCGAGGGUCCAAGAUUUGAACAGAGAAUCGACGAGAAGUACAUUGACGGCUCAAAACCUUCGAGAAGCUACAGAGUCGAGUCCUUCCGAGCCUCCAACGCCUUACCCGAGAACCCUUCCGAGUCUCUGCGAUGCUAUUUUGUCUACCAGUGCGAUUUCAAGGAGCCUAAUGUUGGUCCAAACGAGACGGAUCUCGAGAAGAUUGGCGAGCGACGAUUCUUACAAAAAGCCACAAAGAAGACCAAAGAGAUCUACCAAGAAGUCAUAAACUAUGCCGUGGCACGAACUGGUCCUGUCAUUGAGAUGUUCGAUAUAGAGGGUACUCGGGAAAAGAGGAUGGUUAUAGCAUAUCGUCAAGGUUCGGCCAUGGGUAUCUUCAGUGCUCUCUCCGACCUGUACCACUACUACGGCGUUACCAGCUCAAGAAAAUACGUCGAGCAGUUCGCCAAUGGCAUCACCAUCAUCUCGCUAUACCUCCGACCCGCCGAAGGUGUUAGCACAAAGCACCCACCGAUCGAGGCUGCGAUACAUCAAAUUAUCAAGGAGAUCUCAUUGCUCUUCUGUAUCCCUCAGAACAAGCUGCAAAACCAGUUCGCUAGUGGUAAUUUGAGCCUGCAAGAGUCAAUCUACGCUCACUGCGUACAUGUCUUCAUACAGCAAUUCCUGAACAGACUGGGCCCAGAAUACACAUCUCUCGUUGCGGCGCUCAAAGGCGAUACGACUGGCAACGCUGAGUUGCUUUCCAAGAUCAAGAAGCGGUUGAGGACUGAAACUUUCACAGCAGAGUACAUCCUCGAGAUCCUCAACAGAUACCCGGAGCUCAUUCGGAUUCUGUACCUGUCCUUUGCAGGUACCCACUAUGUACAGACACGAGGUGAUCGCGAUGAUUUCAUACCGACUCUCAGCUAUCUGAGGCUUGAUGUCAACCAGGUCAAGGACGAGGAAACCAUUGCCGAAAUGAUCUCAAGAACUGCAGCCAACCAGCACGACCAGAUGGUCAUGUCAUACUUCCUCAUUUUCAACAAAGCUGUGCUCAAGACUAAUUUCUACACACCUACUAAAGUCGCACUCAGCUUUCGUCUGAAGCCCAGUACGGAUUUCUUGCCAGAGCAAGAAUAUGCCCAGCCGUUAUAUGGCAUGUUCCUGGUCAUCGGCUCCGAGUUCAGAGGAUUUCACCUUAGAUUUAGAGAUAUAGCUCGAGGUGGCAUCCGAAUAGUCAAAUCGAGAAAUCGCGAGUUUUACAACAUCAAUGCUCGGUCACAAUUCGACGAGAACUACAAUCUUGCCAACACUCAGCAAAAGAAGAACAAAGAUAUUCCAGAGGGCGGCUCCAAAGGUGUCAUCUUGUUAGACUACAAUCACCAAGAUAAAGAUCGUGUUGCAUUCGAAAAAUACAUCGACAGUAUCAUGGAUCUGCUUCUACCACCCACUAGCCCUGGUAUCAAAGAUCCUAUCGUCGAUCUGCACGGCCAAGAAGAAAUUUUGUUCAUGGGGCCUGACGAGAAUACUGCUGGACUUGUGAACUGGGCCACAGAACACGCACGAGCAAGAGGUGCACCAUGGUGGAAAUCGUUCUUCACCGGCAAGAGCCCAAAGCUUGGAGGUAUUCCUCACGAUGCCUAUGGUAUGACCACCUUGUCGGUACGAGAAUACGUUCUAGGUAUCUACAGAAAACUCAACCUCGAUCCUUCCAAAAUCCGAAAAAUACAGACAGGUGGUCCUGACGGCGACUUGGGCAGCAACGAGAUUCUGCUGAGCAAUGAGACAUAUGUUGCUAUUGUGGAUGGUUCAGGAGUCCUUGUCGAUCCGAAUGGUUUGAACCACGAGGAGCUUAUCCGUCUGGCGAAGAAGCGAGUCAUGAUAUCCGAGUUCGAUGGUAGCAAGCUAUCUCCACAGGGCUACCGUGUACUUGUUGACGAAAAGAACAUCGUUCUGCCUGAUGGUGAGAAGGUCAACAACGGCAUGGUAUUCCGGAACACAUUCCAUGCUCGACCUGGUCAUCUUUACGACCUAUUCGUGCCAUGUGGUGGUCGUCCGGAGUCGAUCAACCUUGAGACCUGUCGAAGCCUUAUUCAGGAGGGCAAGUCGACAAUACCUUAUAUGGUGGAGGGUGCCAAUUUGUUCAUCACGCAGGAUGCCAAGUUACGCCUUGAGAAGGCAGGCACAAUCUUGUACAAGGAUGCUUCGGCAAACAAGGGUGGUGUUACGUCUUCGUCCCUGGAAGUGCUUGCCUCGCUCUCAUUCGACGACCAGAGCUUCAUCGAGAACAUGUGUAUCGGGUCUGAUGGCACAGUGCCUGAAUUUUACCACACAUAUGUCAAAGAGGUACAAGCUGUUAUCCAACGCAAUGCACGACUCGAAUUUGAAGCGAUUUGGCGAGAGGCAGAGAAGACGGGCAGACCUCGAUCCGUUAUCUCUGACGAGCUGUCCCUGGCCAUUACCAAGCUGGAUGAAGAACUUCAGCAUUACGAAGAAUUAUGGUCAAACAUCGCCCUGCGAACAUCGGUGCUGCAAGAAGCACUGCCACAAACACUACUCAACAAGAUUGGUCUGGAGAAGAUCUUGGAACGAGUACCAGACAACUAUCUGCGAGCUAUUUUUGGAAGCUAUCUGAGCUCAAGGUUUGUGUAUGAGAUGGGACCUCAGCCAAGUCAAUUCGCAUUCUUCGAGUUUAUGAGGAAGCGUAUGUCUGCUUAA